AUGACCUGUCUGGGUUUAUAUUGCGGUAGGUUGCUACUGGGAAAUGGGACUUUGUCAGAAUGCGGGGCGUGUCCAUCUGGUUCUAGAGUGAAUGCCAGUAGUGGCAUAUGCCAGGAAUGUACAAACAUCCUAUCAGACUAUGAUUGGUUCUAUCUAUUGUUCAUGGCUCUAUUACCUCUACUAUCCAAUUAUUUUUUCAUAGAUGUCACCAGUAAGAACAGGUUUGAAUGUGAUCACUGCAAAAAUGUCACAUUACACAUAUCUGCAACAAUUGAAGCUGCCAUCUCAUUGGUCAUCACCAUUCUGUCAUUUCAACCUAUAGGGACGUUCACAAUUAAGUCAUGUGAGAGCACGAGACUUUCUGAUUGGUACACCAUUUUAUAUAACCCCUCCCCUGAUUUCAUCAACACCAUUCACUGCACACAACAAGCUGUCUAUCCGUUGUACUCCAUGGUCUUCUUAAUGUACCUACUCAGCCUGAAAAUUCGUACCAGCUGCGUCAGGUGGGACAACAGUUUCAUUGAUGGCAAGCGUCGGUUUUGUACUUGUUCUCUGUAUUCGGCGUUAUUCUUUCAUCCGGCUAUUGCUUGCAUUCAUGCUGUGUUUGCCGGUGUUAUAUAUUAUUCCUACCCGUACAUCAUUGUGGUUGGUUCUGUCAUCACAAAUGCCAUACACUUUGCAUCUUAUCGUAAUCAGACACCAGUUGGCCUCCUGAAGUCCCUAACCACUAAACCACGAAACAUGGUCAUACUAAUGGCCCACUGGCUGGUCCAUGCAUUCGGUAUAAUUUCACUUUUAAGCUCGAACAUAAAGACAAACCAGCUGGCCUACUUAUGUUUGAUACCAACUCCUUGUCUAGUUUACGUAAUCAGCGUCUAUUUCACAGAUCCGGACGUGGUCUGGGAUAAAGAGAAUUACACUAACAAUGAUAGUAGCAAUUUCGCCGUCGGGCCGGACAGCAUGAAUGCGGCUGGUAGUGGUGUGGCAGCUACUUCCACUGCUGCCGUUAACGGGAGUUUCAGAGAGAUGGGCGAUCAGAAGGCCAAUAAUAGUAGUAAGGAAAUCGAUGAGGCCAUUUAUGAGGAGGUGGUUGACGUUGCUGAAGCUGUGCCACUUAAGGAGUGA